UUCAGAUUCGGCACCGCGGGGAAAUAGGCGCUUGAAAGAGUUUGGAAACAUAGAGAUCAAAACAGAAUUACAAGAUAGAGAGAUACAGUGCCGAAAAACGGAGAACGAAGGAACUAGACUAGCUUCACCGCCAUUUCCAAAACUCUCCGGAUGCUCUCUUUUAAUUUCGUUCAGUAACAAUCCGGACGAACAAAACCUGUGAGUAACCAUGUCUUGGUUGUUUAAGUCUUUUCAAGCAAGCGAUGAUGAUAUACCCGCCGAGUCUCCGUUGAACAGUUCGUUGUCGUCGUCGGAAGGCGUCCAUUUCACCACUGCCGAUCCUUCUGUUAAGGACGACUUCACCGCGCUUGGUGAGACGCUGAGCCGUCAGCUACGUGGCCUCGCCAACUUUCUCUCUUCACAACCAUCGCCAGCGGUGAUUGUUGCUGCUGAUUCUUCCGAAUCGAGUUCAGAUUCUUCGUCGCUUUCUCAAAAGCUUCAAGGAAUUCGUAAUGAUCUCGCAGAGAUAAACGGUGGCUUGAGAAAUGGCUUCUCGAUGCUCUCUGUUCGUAGCAACAAGGCUGUUGGAGAGAUUUGUAGGUUUGCUUCUAACUUGCUGCAAUUUCAGAGUCGUUCUGCUGAUGAUGAAGAAGAUGAGGAAUUCGAAGACGAGUGUGUUGAUGAUACGCCAGGAAUUACGGAUGAGGUUUUAAAUUUUGUUAACGACAUUUCUUUGCGGCCAGAGUACUGGACCGACUUUCCCUUGGCGCUUGUUGAUACAGAUUUUAAAAUGUCUGACGUUCAAAGCAUACACACUUCAACUGUUGAGCAAUUGAUUCCAAAUAUCUCAGCUCUUAAAAUACAGCUUCAGAGUUCCAUGAGCAAUGAACGUUUCUGGAUGAUUUAUUUUAUAUUGUUGCUUCCAAGAUUCAACAAAGAUGAUUUUGAGCUUUUAGAAACCCCUGAGAUUAUCGAAGCAAGAAACCUACUUCUGGAUAAAUUUCAAAGAAAAGAGAAAUCACAGGUGAACUCUGAGGAUACUUGUGAUAACAACAAUUUAGUUUGUGGCACUCAAAUGGGAAAUAUGCCGUCUGAGGAAAAGGAAAACUCGACUCAAACCAUUGAGGGAGGCGAAGGAUUGGGAAUUAUGGAUGGAGAGGAAGAGAAUACCAAUCACCAGUUGAAAAUGGCAGAUUCAAAAACUUCUGCGGAUGUCAAAGAAAGGAGUGGUCUUGAAGGUACAAUAUCAUUUAGUGAAAUAGAGGAUUAUGGGACCGAUUUGUCUGGAAAGUUCUCUGUAAUAACCCCCCCAAGGACUUCUUCAUCAACCGAAUCCAGUGAUUGGGUUCAUCUGCAUGAAAAUGCAGGCUCAAAGCUGGAUCAGCAGCAGCAGAGGACAUGGAAGCAGGACACAGAAUCAGACGGUGGGGAUUCAAGUGAUUGGUUUAAUGUGGAUGAAUUUGACUAAAAAGGUGGACGUAACCUCGUAUUUCCCCAACCUCAACCCCCACUAUUUUUUCCCCCAAAAAGUUCGAGUUUAAUAAAAACGAAAAAACCCUUAGUUUUCCCUCUAGAGUAGAGUAGUUUCAAAGGAAUAGGUCUUAUUUAUCUUCCACUUAGUUUCUUUAUAGGAUAAAUUUUGUGCAUAUGUUUUCUUCAUAAGGUGUUGAGAUUCUAGUUGAGAAUUUCACUCAUUGUUAUUCCCUCAAUCGAACAUUCCAAACUAAUUCUCUAGAUGAGGUCUCUCAUUUACGUUUUGGUUU